AGUCUCGUGAUUCGCCCUAAAGAAGCUAAACGGUUUUAGGUUAGCGCGAGCGAGCAGCGAGCGAGUGGCGCUGGCGCUGGCGCAUCCGGUAGGGAGAAGCUCUUCAAUGCAGGGAUUUUCAUCGAAUGCUUGCUUGUUCCAGCUGCGCUGCAGCCGAUCGAUGCGUUUCCUUGCGCUCCUCCUCCCGAUCCUCUGCUCGCGGCUGUUUUAUCCAUCGCUUGUCGCGAGCGUCGGCAGCGUGUAACGCUUGGCGAGGCGCUGCGCGUGGAGCCUAUGUCGUGCUUCCCGUUUAAAAAGAUCUCGAGCAGCAUUAAGGUCGGAGCUAUGGCGGCAUCGAAGAUGGGUUGCAUGGCUGUUCUAGAGGCCAAAAUACUCCGCUUCGAUUGCGACGAGGAGAGUCGCGCGAAGUGCUUCCCUUCUCUUUCGUUUGUGCCGGCCGAGAGGCGGGAAAAGCGCUUGGAAUCGACUGUCAAGCCGCUCUUUGUUCCUCUCUUUAGCCUGGACGACGAUUCCACCCAGACAGUAAUCCUAGCGCUUCCUUCGGGAGCUUCGUUCUAUGGAACGGGAGAAGUCAGCGGGCCUCUAGAGCGAACAGGAAAAAGAAUGUAUACGUGGAACACCGACUCUUGGGGCUACGGAAAGAACAGCCCCUGCCUUUAUCAGUCACACCCUUGGGUCUUCGUUGUCCUUCCCAGUGGCGAAGUACUGGGGGUACUGGCCGACACUACCCGAAAGUGUGAAGUGGAUCUUCGCAAGGAAUCAACGAUUCGAUUUGCUGCCGAUUGCUUCUAUCCAGUUAUCGUAUUCGGACCGUAUCCGGCACCAGAAGAUCUACUGGUGGCACUGGCAAACGCUACUGGUAAGCUUUUUUACUUAGUUCUUGGUGGUGCUGAUGUAAUGUAUUAUCUCAAAGGGACCAUGAAUAUGCCUCCGAAGUGGGCCCUGGGAUAUCACCAAUGCCGCUAUAGCUACGAGCCAGCGUCGAGAGUUGACGAGAUCUCCAGGCUUUUUCGCGAGCACAGAAUACCUGCUGACGUUGUUUGGAUGGAUAUCGACUACAUGAACGGAUUUCGUUGCUUCACAUUUGACAAAGAAAAGUUCCCGGAUCCUAUUGGUCUUGCAACGACUUUGCGUGGGAGGGGAUUCAAAGCUGUCUGGAUGAUUGACCCGGGGAUUAAGAAGGAUGAAGAUUAUUUCAUAUACAAUGAGGGGUGUUCUGAAGAUGCAUGGGUUGUGGAUGCAAGUGGAAAGCAUUUUGUUGGUGAUGUCUGGCCUGGACCUUGCGUUUUUCCGGAUUAUACCCAAAAGAAAGUCCGUGCAUGGUGGAGUAACCUGAUAAAAGACUUCGUUUCUAACGGAGUCGAUGGCAUAUGGAAUGAUAUGAACGAGCCCGCUGUUUUCAAGUCAGUGUCGAAAACAAUGCCUGAAGAUAAUAUGCACAGUGGAGAUCCAGAAAUCGGAGGGACACAAAAUCACCGUCACUAUCACAACGUGUAUGGGAUGCUGAUGGCCAGAGCGACGUACGAAGGAAUGCUGCUUGCAAACCCCACUAAGCGGCCAUUCGUUCUUACUCGAGCGGGCUUCAUGGGAAGCCAGAGAUAUGCUGCUACAUGGACAGGCGACAAUUCAUCCAACUGGGAUCACGCACAUAUGAGUAUAGCAAUGGCCCUCAAUCUGAGCCUGAGUGGAUCACCACUAACUGGACCUGAUAUCGGAGGUUUUGCGGGCGAUGCAACUGCUAGACUUUUUGGUAGAUGGAUGGGAUUCGGGGCACUGUUUCCAUUUGCUCGAGGACAUUCUGAGAAAGGGACGGUUGAUCACGAACCGUGGUCGUUUGGUGAUGAGUGUAAGAAUGUCUGCCGUCUUGCCUUGCUACGAAGAUACCAGCUGCUGCCUCAUUUAUACACGUUGGUAUACUUUGCACAUACUAAGGGACUACCAGUGAUGACUCCAAUUUUUUUUGCUGAUUGCAAAGAUCCAAAGCUACGGAAAGUCGAGACAAGCUUUCUGCUAGGUUCUCUGCUAGUGUCCGCAAGUACCGAUCCAGACAAGGUUGUCGAUCCAAAGACAAUUGUUCUUCCUUCUGGGAUAUGGCAGCGCUUUGAUUUUGAUGACUAUCAUCCUGACCUUUCACUUCUCCAUUUGAGAGGUGGUUCCAUCAUACCUGCUGGUCCCCGAAUUGAGCACCUAGGCGAAGCGCACUUUGAGGACCCAGUAACACUUAUUAUUGCUCUCGACAAAGACGGUAAUGCCGAGGGUGUACUUUACGAAGACGACGGAGAAAGUUUUGGUUACCAGAAAGGACAAUUUUUACUAACGCAUUACGAAGCAAAGAGCAGGAGCAACGGAAGUGAAGUGUUGAUCAAAGUGGCAGCCGUACAAGGCGCUCUGAAGAGACCAAAGCGACCCCUUCGUGUUCGUCUGUUAAUUGGCGACCGUGCUGAGAUCAAUGCUGACGGCCAGGAUGGAGAUGACCUGUUGAUGAAGCUGCCGGGUUCCGAGGAAAUGCGGAAGCUUGUAGAAGCUGCGGUCAAGCAAGUCGAAGAGAAGAAUGCGAAAGUGAAAGGUUUGGCAGAAUACGACGUCACACACGAUAAGCUCAAGGGUGUUGGUGCUCCUAGAGUUUUAAUUGAACUCUCAGGCACAGACUUUCAGCUUAAGGUGGUACCUUGGAUUGGUGGUCGCAUCAUUUCAAUGGUCCACAAGGAAACAGGUAUUGAUUUUUUCCCAAGCCGGGUAGAAGGUGGCGGCUACGAGGAAUACAGCACUAGCGAACACCGCGGCCCUGGUUGCACCGAAGAAUACAAUGUUCUGAGUCGGAGCCUCCUAGAGAUAAACGGGGAGGACGUCCUGUCUAUGGAGUGUGAUCUUGGUGGCGGACUGGUUAUGUCCAGAGAGAUUGCCAUUCACAAGAAGUCCCCGAAAGUUGUCCAUAUUACCUCCCAGAUUGUAGCGAGAUCUGUUGGAGCUGGCGCUGGCGGAUACUCAAGGAUUGUGUGCCUUCGGGUCCAGCCAUCGUUUCAGGUGCCGCAUCCCUCUGAAACGCUUGUCAAGUUCACGGCCGUCAACGGGGCCAAGAAAGAACUCGGCGCCACGUUUGGAGAGACGUUCUUGCGCGGAGACGACAGACCAAACGGCGAGUGGAUGCUCGUGGACAAGGAAUCAGGCUACGCAGUAGUGAACCGAUUCAACGUCAAGGAAGUAAGUGUUUGCCUUGUGCAUUGGGGCGGCGCGGAAUGCAGCUUGGGGCUGUGGUCGGAAGAACGAUCACUCUCCAAAGAAACCCCGCUCCAAAUCUCACACCAUUACCAAAUUAUCAAAGUGUAAGUACAAAUGGUUUUAAUUAAUAAUGGCAUAGUUUAAAAGA